UUGUAUGUUUACCCUGGCUCCCCUAGUCGCAUCACUUUUCAUGGAGCCUGUUCCUUUGGCGCCGCCGUCACAAGCAAAAGGCUUGGGUUAAACGCGCGUCUCGUUAACAUUUUUGGCUGUGACGCUACAGUUUGCAAGCGUGCCAUGCCUGUUUUGAAGGUUUUAGGCUUGAAGUUUCGUGGUUAUAGGCCUCGAGCAUGCUAAGCAGCAUGGUUUUAGGCUUUCAGUUUGACUUGCAGCUUGUAGAUUUAGGAAUUUGCAGCGUAUCACAUCGGACCGCCACGCUCACGACAAGUUAUGUGGGCCAUGCUGCGGGCCUGGAAGGCGAAGGGGGAAUAUGAUCUUGCCGAGUGGUUGGACGCGCGUGGUUUGGGUCAGUAACUUGGUUCAGGCGUUUGCGGAGCUGAGCCACCCUGUGUCCAUCAACGCUUUGCUCACCUUGGCGCGCGCUGGCAACCCGCGCUUAUCGGGUGGACGAUGAAAAGGACAGGGCUGUGGCUGUGGUGCUGCUGCAGGUCGCAUCCUUGGGGUUCUACUUCGUGGGUGGCCACCUUCGUGGAGGUGACGCUGCUGGAGCCGCCCCAGCAUCAUGUCCAGCCUUCCCGGCCGUAGCGUUGGCGACCGGGCUUUGCGCCCCGCUGUGGUGAAAAGGAUGCUGCUGAUGCCUGUGCCAUCAAUUGUUACCGGUUACUGGGGCUUAUUGCAAUCGUAGCGCCGAAGCCAUUUGGCCCAGCAACUUCAUUUGAACGGUCCGGGCGCUGCCUCCUAUCCUGCCUGUGUUUGCUCUGACGGUCGGGUGCCCCAACCCCAAGGCCUGGCAAAGGGCACAGCAGCCGCGUCUGCAGUGCACGGUUGCAGCGGGAGCUGGAAGCCAGCGCCCGAGCCCACCUUGGCGUCCGAACGCAUUCGCCUCUAGCUUGCAACGCUGGCUCUCGCGAUGGGGUUAGAGGCGCUCCACAGAUUUGAGUGAAUCAGAUGGCGCCGACAAGACUUUGGGUUGGUCGUCCGGGACAUCGACGCGCUCUUCGCUUGCGUCUUGGAGCUGGGGCUGCGCGCGCAAGAGACUCGAUCGUUGGUUGCGAAAACGGGCGGACGUACGAGCAACUUGGUUGCCCUGUGCGCAAGGGUGCCCUGCUGGAGCCGGCCGUGACCGCUUUGCGCGCGAAGUUGGCCGAGGAUCUUAGGGGUGCUGAGGGGCUGAAGGAGACGGAGGAUGGAGGCGCCGAAACAUUGGUCUUCUACCAGAGCUCAGACGGGCAACUCAUUUUCUUGGAACCACAUCUCAUGAAACAGCUCCUGUCGAGCUACAGCACCUGGGCACGCCUGCCGCCGUCGGUGCUGCUGAAGCCGCUGAAGUCCAUGCGACAGGAGGCGUUGACAGAUGAAAUGAAGAAGAGGCACCGCUUCUUGCAGCACCUGCCCUCCGAUGCCGCCGGGAACCUCAUCGCCUUUGCCGACGGCGAGGUCCUCGCAGGCGAUGAAGGCAAAAGCAACGGCAAGGGCAGGAAGGGCAAAGGCCGGCGUAAGCCCCGAGAGCCUCGCGACGGGGCUGGCCGUGAGCGUUUGGAGAGCCAAGAGAGCAAGGCCAGUGCUUCCUUCAGCGGUGCAGACGGCCACACGGGAAGCGAGCCGCUGGCUUCGCCUUCGCUGGCGCCAGAGCCCGAACCAGCACAAGAGGACGCCUGGUCUGAGCCAGAGAAAGCAGAAGUUGCGGCACUUGAUGGCCCAGAGCUUUUGAACGAUGCAGACGCCUGACAUGUGCGUGUGCAAAGUUGGAGAAAAGCCCUCUGCUUUGGAGAGAGCGGAGUGUUCGCCGGUAGAGUUGUGUCCCCAAAACAAAGCCGACGGAUUUAUGGCAGAGAUUGCCAGGGACGUAGAAACUUUCUGAGAGCAUUCUCACUUGGCCAUGAAUGAAGAUGGGGAGUACUGUUACUUUCAGAUUCCAGAUGGCGAUAAAUCGUGUCAUACAAUGUGCUCCGAAACCUUCUUCGUAUUUUUGGAGGGCUUAUUGUUUAGCUGAGCUCAUCAAACCAGCGUGCGGCUUGAGUGGCUUGAUUGCUAUCAGGGGAUGGAAAGAAAGAACGCAAGAAUAGAUGAGAUGAUUUGGGGAGGUGUACAAUCCUGCCAAAUGGCUGAGGCAGCAUGGCAUACUGUGUUGCGGUGCAGAGUAUAGAUGAUGAUUGAUUCCAGUUCCUGCAUUCCCUGUCAAGAAUAGAGUGAUAGAUAGGACCUGCCCAGACUGAGACUGCCGAAGUGCCAGGGGAUCUACGAGCUGUCGUCCCCUGGAGGACUUUUGAAAGGCAGCUACUCCUUUGACGGCACCAGUUCCACCAUUUCCAGCGAAGGUGAAGUGG